AUGUCCGGAUAUAUUCAUUCGCCAGAGCCGACGGUCCAGUCCUGGGUACAAUUUAAGUAUGUGUCAUUAGCCAAUCCACCCUGCGGUGAGAGUCAGUGGGUGUUUAUGCGGUGGCGAGGCGAUAACCAGCUCUUCAGCACUUCAGGCCUACGAAUUAGCAUUGAUGUCGGCAGAGGAUAUGCGCUUUGUGCGGGUUCGGAACAACUCGAUCUCCGCAUUACUGUAUCUUCUCAAUCGAUUGGCGGCUGUCGCCUAUGCUCCGUGCAGUUGUACAACAAUCAACUAUGCUAUUGGGAUCGCGUAUGCUCUAAGCCUGGCCGUGACAGCAUUGGUAUCUGUGAUACGUGUCUAUGCUGUGAGCCAGCGCAAUUGGUGUUUGUGAACCCCCAGUAUGCAACAAUAACACCCAAGGUCACAGUUAAUCCGCAACUCGGAUGCGUAGCUGUUGUUGCUAAGCUGGGACACAGUAUAUGGACCUCCAGACCGAGCCUGAGGACAGUUAUGUUCCGUGAUGGUACAUCGUAUUUCUGGCGAGUGGAAUCUGCGGACUCUGCGGACUACAUAACUGAUUGUAGCUCCAGCACUAUCACGUUGCUCAAUUCUAUCAACAUCGUUGUAUACACUCUUUUGGGCGAUUACACAGUCCCAAUAUCUGCUCACAUCACUCGUGGUCGUGUCUCUGUGAUCAUUAACACUGUCUUCGCAUUCUACAGUUUAUCUUCAAUUCUCAUAUCACGUUUUCUAAUUCACAUUCGGCAAGCUGCAGAUCGUGCGGCGCGCGGUUUCAGUAGCCAGUCAAGUUUAUCCUUCACAAACUCACAGCCCGAUUCGAGUCUCUCGACGGCGGAAUUUGCCGCUGACAUGGCUCACAACACUGUACAGGACGACGACCCUGAUUCAGCCUUUGAUCUCGACGACGACAAUAACGACAUACAAGAGGAAAGGGAUGAGGAAGAUGGAAUUGAGGAUGAAGAGAGCGGAAUAGAACUCCAAGAGCUCUCGCCAACAGCUAGGAGCUCGACGUGA